AUGGCUAGCAGGACUUUGCGCAUCGGAUUAAUACCCGGCGACGGGAUCGGACGAGAAGUGAUUCCGGCCGGGAAGAAAAUCCUCGAAUCACUGCCGUCCUCCCUCGGGCUGAAAUUCUCCUUCGUGGACCUCGACGCCGGCUACGAGACAUUCAAGCAGACGGGAACCGCACUACCAGACAAGACGGUCGAGACGCUACAGAAGGAAUGUGACGGCGCAUUAUUCGGAGCUGUGAGCUCCCCAACCACCAAAGUCGCAGGCUACACGUCCCCGAUCGUGGCGCUCCGCAAGAAACUCUCGCUGUUCGCCAACGUACGGCCCUGCAAGACCACACUCUCCCCAGCCUUCGCGUCACCGACGCCGCACCCGAUCGACCUGGUGAUCGUGCGCGAAAACACCGAGGACCUGUACGUGAAGGAGGAGAAGACGUACGCGGACCCGUCGGGCGAGGGCCAGAUCGCCGAGGCGAUCAAGCGCAUCUCGAGCAAGGCGUCGUGGCGCAUCGCCAACAUCGCAGGCGAGAUCGCCGUGCGCAGGCAGAAGAUGCGCGAGUCCGCCGCAAGUGCAGAGGAGAAGGAUAAAAAGGCCCUCGUCACCAUCACGCACAAGUCCAACGUGCUGAGCCAGACGGACGGACUGUUCCGCUCGACGGCGCGCGAGGCGCUGUCGCAGGCCAAGUUCUCCAGCGUCGCCAUCGAGGAGCAGAUCGUCGACAGCAUGGUGUACAAGCUGUUCCUGCAGCCGCAGUACUACGACGUGAUCGUGGCGCCGAACCUGUACGGCGACCUGCUGUCGGACGGAGCCGCCGCGCUGGUGGGCAGCCUGGGCCUGGUGCCGAGCGCCAACGUCGGCGACGGCAUCGUCAUCGGCGAGCCGUGCCAUGGCUCCGCCCCCGACAUCGAGGGUAAGGGCAUUGCGAACCCGAUCGCCACGAUCCGCAGCGUCGCUGUCAUGUUGGAGUUCUUGGACCUGCCGGAGGCCGCGAAUGUCAUUUACCGUGCCGUCGAUGCUAAUCUCGCUGAGGGCAGCUUUGUCAGUCCUGAUUUGGGCGGCACUGCGAAGACAAGUCAGGUCGUGAAUGAUAUCAUCAAGCGGUUGUAA